AUGAUCCUCCCCGACGACAAGUUGGAUGGCAUUCCACUCGAUGCACCGCCUGCAUAUGAAGCCAGCACUUCUUCCAGCGCGCCAUCGGACACUAAACGACCUUCUCCAGUAGUCACGACUACAAGCAACAGCAACAGCUCUGCCUACCCACCGUUGAAAAGCGCCCCUCCCAGCUCGGCAUCGUGGUUUGGAUUUGCGUCACCAGCGUCACGGCAGGUGCGGUCGACGGUGUUGGGGCUGGUGCGUGACCUCGUAAAGCAGGCAGACGAGGGAGAGGCUUCGGCGGUGGUCACAAGCAGUAUACUGAAAAGCUGCUCUGAUGCGUGUUCCGCCAACGGUCUGAGCAUCGGCGCCCUGCUACAAGAACCCAGUGUUGAAGGCCACACUCCGCUCUACUGGGCUAUCAUCAAGCGCCCACCCGAAAACCCGUCUUCCUCUCCAACCACCGACCUCCUGACCACCCUCUUGUCUCUCUCCACACCCUUAACGCCCGCCACGAUCGCGGAAAUCCGCCUGGCGUGUCUGCUGACGUCAGACCAGGCGCUCUUUCAGCGGCUGCGCUCGUCACCUGACUUCUCCCCGCUCUCCCCGACCGACCAGCUCAUCCUCGACGCAUCCAUCCCGCCUGAUGCGAUCACCGUGGAGAAUGUGCCCCACGACGAGUUCGCCUUUGCGGUAGACGUGGCCAUUGUCCGCUUCCAGACACGCAUGCGCGUGGGAAAACACAUCGAGCUCGACUUUAUUGCGCGUGGGCGCAUGUGGCGGCUGGCGUUUCACGUGAGCGAGCGACGGCGGGCAGGGCAGCCCCCACCGGGCACGUGGUUUAUCAGUCUGGGCCUGCUGGAGGGCAGUCCCCCAACAUGGAUCGACUCGAGGUUAUUGGUACCCGCCCCGAUUGACGCUCUAUUAACGCCACCGAGUCAGGGCUUUGGAUCGGGUUUCUUCGGCCCGGGAAAGCCCCGUCCUCGGCCGACACUCUCCGUGCGCUUAAAGGCGCCAGAGCAGCUAUACUCGACAGGCAGACAUCGACGGAGCGAAAUUGUCGUGGUUUUGGAUGAUGGCGAUAGCGGGCUUGGCACACUACAAUAUGCGGGGUGUCCGUAUAUCCAGCCAGACGAGAGCUUGCAGCUCAGGCUAGAGGCACGGCUGGCGAGGCCAGAGGCGGAUUGUGUUAUUUGCUAA